AUGUCGGUGCUGUUUACGAGAAGGAUUCCCAAAGUCCGAGAAUCGCUGAUUCGAGGAGCGAUUCGGCUGUUGACGACUAGGCCACCUUCACCGUGUCUGUUGCUCCCCAUGGAUGAUGUUGGAGACUAUCCAGGAGGCAAAGUCGCGAAUUUGAAUUUCUACGAUUUGGAGAUGAAGAAACGGGUGACGGUGGCAGAGCGGAGGGUGCCAGAAAGCGUCCACCUUUCACGCACCAUCGGAUCUUCGCGGGGUUGGGUCGUCCGAAUGAACAACGAGGACCUGACCGUACAUGUGACCAACAUGCUGAGCCCCUCGGCUCCAGAAUCCUCUCACAGGGUCAUCUCUCUGCCUCCCCUUAUGCCUCUGCCUCGUGGUCUCGACCCGUCGGAGUACACGCCUGUGAGUGAGCUUGUUCGUAACGCAUCUCUCUCAUCUUCCCCUGAUCAAGAAGGCUGUGUUGUGGCCAUUAAGUUUUGGGGACACUGCAUUUCCUUGUGUAGACUCAGUGGUGACUCCUCAUGGUCAUGGACCCACAUCAACUCUCUUCCCAAGGAUUACAAGGCUUCCUCCGUCAUCUACUCUAAGGCAGCUUCCAUCUUCUACCUCACUCCUUCCACUGAUUCUUUCAGAGAUCCUGAGGCCCAUGAGGCCCACAGGCGCAAGUUGAAAACAGACAGGCAUAAGAUUUAUGGUCGCAGGGACAGACACGGCUCCCCUCUCAUUGUUUUUUUCCAGCAACACUGGCCUUUGGAGCCACCGGAAAAGUUGGUGGAAGGGUGGUGCGGCAAGAGGUUCCUGGUGGAAACACCCUACGGCGACAUGUAUACCCUCAUGUGGUACAUGAUAAAAACGGGGAAGAAACUCGUCGUCUCGUGCGACAAGGAAUCGGAUGUAUACCUCGCGGAGACCAAGCGGUUUGAGCUGUACAGUAAGCAAAGUUGGCCCAAACCUUACGUGGGAGAUAUCGGGGAUCUCUGCAUUUUCUUUGGGAAGAACGAGCCCUUCUGUGUCCCCACUAGAAAGUACCCUGGGCUUAAGCGCAACUCCAUCUACUUCACCGAGAAAGAUCAGAUUUGCGUUUAUGAUAUCGCCACCCACACCAUCCUUCAAUUCCCUCACCAAGAACCUCUGCUUACGCCUUUCUGGCUUCCCCCCAAGUAA